CGCGGCUCUCCGACUGGCCACCCUGCUCCAGCUCAGAGCAAGCCGAGGCUGCCCAGAGAAAGGGAGGCGCCUCUCGCCGGUGCUGAUGUUGCAGCGAGGAGCCGCUGCUCUCCUCCUCCUCCUCUUCGUCGUCCUUCUCCGCCCUCUUCGCCGCUCCAGCCUCCUCGGAGUGCUCUCGCCAGUCCCAAGCGCGGGGAUCCGACGCCGCCGCCUCUCCUCCUCCUCCUUCCCGCCUGCCGUGGGGUUCGCCGAAAGCUGGGAUCUGCGAGACAUGGAGCUUGUUUGGAGCACUUUGCUCCGCGCCGGGGCCCUCUGAUCGCCGUGCGGCGGCAACAGCAGCAGGAGCAACAGCAACGUGCUCGCGGGAUCCGACCGCGCUCGCUCUCUUUUUCAGUCCCAGAAAAGCCCCAAAGCCACGGGGGAUCCGGCUCGGUGGCUGGCGAGAGAGGAGGGGGGAGGGAAGGAAGGAAGCGAGAGAAAGGAGGGAGAGAAAGCGGAGCAAAGCCGAUCCCUGGUCGGAGGCUGUGCCGCCUCGCCGCACGAGGGGUGUCCGGAGCAUCGGGAGAUGACUUGUCGCCAGGAUCCGGUCUAAGCAGCCCAGGAGGAGGCGGUCUUCUCCUUUCUCGCCCUCCGUGCUUCCCUCCUCGUUUUUGUGCCAGCUUUGGCCCCCGAUCCCAGAGGAGACGACCGGACUGGGCUGGCCUUGGAGAGCGCAGGGGGCGAUUGGCAAGCGGCUGGGUCGCCAAGGACCGCCCCAGGAAAGGAGAGCUUUGAGGGCGCGAUCUCGGCAAGCAACUUGGGGGGCGUGUGUGGCUUGAUUUCCUCUGGUGGAUAUUGUACUCCCCCUUUAGCCCUUUCCAGGACCCGUAAUUUUAUUUUUUAAAGGGCCGCCCUUUUUUUUGGCAGCGGAUCCGAUUGAUGCUACUAGCGUGGGGGGUUCUUCGCUUAUCGAUCCGCACCUUCAGCGUCGCUUCGUCUUUGUUUGAAUCGCCAACCAGGCAACCUAAGGAACUCUCUCCCCGAUGGCCGGGAAACUGCAGAAGGGCUGGUUUGGGGGCUGGUGGACUACCGGAGUUUGCUUAACGGCGCUUUCCUACGUCCCAGGCCUCUGGGCUCAGAUGGUGCUUGUCAACGACACGGUCUCCGGGUACAUUGGGACUGACGUGAACCUGCACUGCACCUUGACCAACCCCAGCCUCGGCAUGAAGAUCACCCAGGUCACCUGGCAGAAGGCCACCAAUGGCUCCAAGCAGAACGUGGCCAUCUCCAACCCCGUCAUGGGCAUUUCCAUCCUGCCCCCGUACAAGGACCGGAUGGUCUUUCGAAACUCCUCCACCAGGGAUGGGACCAUCCAGCUGUCACGCCUCAAGCUGGAGGAUGAAGGCGUUUACAUCUGCGAGUUUGCAACAUUUCCCGAUGGCAAUCGGGAGAAUCAGCUCAACCUCACUGUGUUGGCCAAACCGACAAACCGGAUGCAGGCCACCACGAGCCUGCUCAUUGCCAAGGCCGGCAUGACGGAGAAGAUUGUGGUCGCCACCUGCACCUCCUCCAACGGGAAGCCCCCCAGCACCGUGUCCUGGGAAACCAAGCUGAAAGGGGUGGCGGAAUACCAAGAGAUCCGCAACCCCAAUGGCACCUUCACCGUGGUCAGCCAGUACCGCCUCUUGCCCAGCCGGGAGGCCCAUCGGCAGCAACUGACAUGCGUGGUCAACUACCAGCUGGACCGCUUCACUGACAGCAUGACCCUCAACGUGCUGUACGAGCCCGAAGUGAGGAUCGAUGGCUUUGAUGGCAACUGGUACCUCAACCGGAAAGAUGUGAAGCUGACAUGUAUCUCUGAUGCCAACCCUCCUGCCACCUCAUACCAGUGGAAGCUGGUCCCAUUGCCUAACGUAGGUAGGAAUAGACUGAAUGGAUCGCUUCCCGACAACGUGGAGGUUCAGAACAGCACAUUGUUCUUCAAGGGGCCCGUCACCUACAGCCUGGCAGGGACAUAUGUCUGCGAGGCCACCAACACCAUCGGGACGCGGUCUGGCCAGGUGGAAGUUAACGUGACAGAAUUCCCCUACACCCCGUCUCCACCGGGCACAUCCGUGGCGCAGUCGACCAUCCCCACCGCUGUGAUUGGGGGCGUGGUGGGCGGAGUCUCCCUGGUCGUGGUGCUGGCCGUGGUGGUUUUUGUCGUGCUCCGCCACCGGCGCCACACCUUCAAGGGCGACUACAGCACCAAGAAGCACGUCUACGGCAACGGCUACAGCAAAGCCGGCAUCCCACAGCACCACCCGCCCAUGGCACAGAACCUCCAGUACCCCGACGACUCGGACGACGAGAAGAAGGCCAGCCCGCUGGGGGGGCACAGCUACGAGGACGAGGAGGAGGACGGCGCCGGAGGGGACCGCAAGCUGGGCGGGGGGCCCCCCGGCAAGUACGAAGACGACUCCAAGCGGCCUUACUUCACGGUGGACGAGGGCGAGGCCCGCUCGGAGGCCUACGACGAGAGGACACUCGGUUUCCAGUACGACCCCGAGCAGCUGGACAUAGCCGAUAACAUGGUCUCUCAGAACGACGGGUCUUUUAUUUCCAAAAAGGAGUGGUAUGUUUAGCUCGCUCCAGCCAACCCCCCCUUCUCUUGCCUCCUCGCACUCGCCACGCGCUGCCUCCGAGCCCCAGGGCCACACCAGCUGUCACGCACAGCCCCUGCGUGCCCUCUUUACGCACGAGCCCAUGCGCGCACACACACACAACACACAUCGACCUGGGCAGGGCGCAUAGUGUGACAGAGACUCUCUGUUUUUUUGUUUUCUUUUCCUUUAAUGAACUGCUGCUGGUUCAGAGGCAACCAGGACAAGGCGAGGCAGGAGGGGGCUGGUUGUUCGUUUUAUCCAUUUUUGCUUUUGUUGUUGGGGGGGGGAGGGAGGGGUUUGGGAGAGGGGGGAACAUUUCUCCUUCCCUGCCCCCCCCCCACUCCCUUAAGUCCUCCACCAGAUCUUUGUUCCCUAAAGUGUUGUUUCUGUGGCUUUGGUGUUAAGAUUCCUUUCCUUUUAAUGACUACUGCCCACCCUUGUAUAGUAUACUGAACCCUCCUCCCCCCCCCCGAAAAACCCCUUCUGUUUGUAGUCUUAAGGUGUCUCUUUGUUAAUAUUUGGGUUUCCCCUCUUGAUGCCCCCCUCCCCCUCAACACAAAAAAACACUGGAACUUGUAUGUUGUCUUAACGUUGUACGGGGGACGGGGGCCUAAAUCACACACCAAUGAAUUUUUUGGACUGGGAGGGGGGCCACAAAGACAGAAAGCACAAAAAGCUCAGAUGGUCUGGGGCAAAGGCAUCUCCACCCUCAGCUGAGCUUGUAUAUCUGUAUCUGUAUAUUCGUUUGAGCUCCUGUUGCCGUUUCCCACAAUGCACUUGUGGUGGGGAGGCGAAAUCCACCAGCCUUGUGUGUGUGUGUGUGUGUUUUUAGGAAACAUAACAAAUGACUUGAUCAUCAAAAGAACAACCGUGAAAGUACAACAGGAAACUGCAUGAUAUCCAGGAGGGCAAGUGUAGCAAUUUUCCUCCUGUGUUCUCGCUUUGCUUUUUAACGAUUAUUGUUAUUUUCAGUCAGAGGGGUGGAGCGUCCGAGGGCCGUAGCUCAAUGGCAGAGCACUGCUUUGCAUGCAGAAGGUCCCGAGUUCAGAUCCCGAUAACACCUCCCAAAUAGAUCCCUGCCUAAAAUCCCGGAGAGCUGCUGCCAAUCAGUGCAGACAGUACUGAACUAGAUGGACAAACAGUGGUCUGGCUCAGUAUAAGGCAAGCUUCCUAUCUUCCUAAGUUUCCCACAAUGGGCAUGCCUCGUGAGGCUUUUGGUACGUGUUCAGAAAACUAUGUGUGUUAUCAAAAUUUGCUCCCCCCCCCCCACACACA